GUUCUACUUCGGCGGCAUGCGGCUUUCACAGGGAAUCCGGAUCUUGAUCUCAGCGGUGUGCUUCCUCUGCUUAAGGUAUCAGAAUAUCACCGUAUCUUGUUCUUGCGUAGAGCUGAUGGGGACAACGAUCGUAUGGCGGAGGAACUAGCAGAAAGCUGGGAUCCAAAGCUAUCGAACGUGCUGUACCUGGAACGACUUGCUUCAAAUAUGGUGUGGAAGAAAGAGGACGUAGAGUUCAUUGGUAAAGAGGAAGAUAAAGGAG